UUUCAAAUAUUCGUGAUUAACAGAAUCUCUAUUUCUUAUUUAUUUGAUAACUUCGAGUAGUAAAAGUUUCGAUUACUUCAAUUUAUACUUGAAGUAAAUUAGUUAAUUGUUUCAUAAAAUAUAUUCUGAUAAUUCAUCAUAAUAAUCUUGCGACCAUCAACAAUUAAAACUAAUCAACAUGAAAUUAUUAAUUUUUCCAGCUUUUUUCACACUUCUUCUGGUCUCAGGUAUUAAUGGUCAACGUGCAUCACCACAGUUUUCAUACCAACAACCUCCACCUUCACAACCACAAUCCCAACCACAAUUAAGACCAAUCGAUUUCAACAAUUACCAACCACCAACACGUAAUGAAGAUUCAGGACCAACAAGAUUAUCACCAUCACAACAACCACCAUCAUCAUCAAAUCGUUUUGAAGAACCACCACAAAUUGCCCCUCGACCUCAACCAGGUCCAGUAAGAUCAUCAUCCUCAUCCUCAUCUCCAUCCUCAUCUUCAUCACCUUCCGGUUUAUCAUCAAACUCUGCUGGAAACUUCAACUGUCCAGAAAAAUCGGGUUUUUAUCCUCAUCAGAAAAGUUGUGAUAAAUAUUAUGUUUGUGAAAACGGAACCGCUACUCUUAAGGUCUGUGGAAAUGGCCUCGUUUUUGACGACGCUGAUUCACUUCGUGAAAACUGUGCUUAUCCAUUCUCAGUCGAUUGUGGUUCAAGAACUGAUUUAGAGCCUCCGAUAAGUACACCUAAUUGUCCUCGAUUAUAUGGUAUUUUCGCUCAUGCCACUAAUUGUAAGAUCUUUUAUUCCUGUUGGAACGGCGAAGCCUCGAAGUACGAAUGUCCACCAGGCCUCGCCUACGAUGACCAGCAACGAGUUUGUGUUUGGGCCGAUACAGUUGAUCGAUGUGAUCAAUUAGAGGUCGCCGAAGGCUUCGUUUGUCCUGAUCCAAGUGAGAUCGAACAGCCUGGACAUUAUUCUCGACACGCUCAUCCAACCGAUUGUCGAAAGUUUUAUGUUUGUAUUGAAGGAGUUGCUCGUCCUUAUGGAUGUUCAUUUGGAACCGUUUUCAAUGUCGAUUCACUUCAAUGUGAUGAACCAGAAAAUGUUCCUGGAUGUGAAAAAUACUAUGGUGACAUCGAUCCAAAGACCGCCAAGAAACUUGCUGGAAGAAAUUAAGUUUCAUCAACUUUGAUAAAACAGAGAAAAAGUUUCCAAUCAGAUUGGAUAAGUUUUUCUUGCCUUUUAAUCAAACAAUUAGUAGAAUGGUUAAUUGUUAAGCAAUUAUGAGCGAUGGGAUAAGAAACAAAGACUGGGAUUCGUAAUUAAUACUCAAAAAUAAUAUUUUUUUUCACUCGAAAUGUUUUCACCAACAAGAUAAUCAUUUUUAUUGUGAUUUCUUUAAUUUGUAUUGAUUAACUAAUUGUAUAACUUUAUAAUGUACACAAUCAUGUAUACAUACAUAUGUAUAUGCGAGAUAUAUCAAGUAUAUAAAGUAAUUGUCUUAAUAUUUUCUAAAUUA